GCUAGAAAGCUAGAAGUAUUCUCUGUGUAGCACAGGCAGCAGGCAGCGGGGGAGGGGGGGAAACAAGAAAAGGCUGCUCUAGGCACUUGUGCUUUUGUUAGUUCAACAGAAGAGGCAGAGAAACCAGAGAUAACAAAGGCUCCGUUUCCUUUCUGUGAGAGAAGGCUUUUGUCUUUCCUCCUGCAACAAUGUCAAUGUCUGGCAAGAAAGAGUUUGAUGUGAAACAGAUCCUACGGCUACGCUGGAGGUGGUUUAGUCAUCCUUCUCAAGGUUCUUCCAACCCUGGAAACUGCCUUCAGCAGGAAGGAUAUGAGCAUAGAGGGACCCAGGUUCAGGGCAGGUUGAAGAACCACUCUCGGGACAGAAACGGACUGAAGAAGAGCAAUAGUCCUGUCCACCACAACAUAUUGCCACCAGUGCCAGGACUGGCCCCUGCCCAUCAAAGAGUGCUUCAGAAUUGGCACCCACAGAACCUGAUAGAACAUCUUCGAGCAAAUGAAGAUACUCCUAAAGCAGUUCCAGAGGAGAAUUUGUUCAAAAGAGCUUGUGAGAAACACUCACAAGAUUUGGAGAUGAUGGCUGAUGAAAGUACAGGCGAGUCUGCUGCCAGAUUACAUCCACAACAUCCUGAAGAAAUGAAUCUCAGCAUACCAGAGGAGGAGUUCCAUGCUGUAAACCAUGCAGAGAAAACGCUCCAUAAAAUGCAGAACUACCUGAAAGAGAAACAACUCUGUGAUGUGUUCCUCAUUGUUGGACACCUCCGAAUCCCAGCUCAUCGGUUGGUUCUCAGUGCCAUGUCUGAUUAUUUUGCUGCAAUGUUUACUAAUGAUUUGCUUGAAGCCAAACAAGAAGAGGUCAAGAUGGAAGGAGUUGAUCCUAAUGCACUUAAUUCCUUGGUGCAGUAUGCUUACACAGGUGUCCUGCAACUGAAAGAAGAUACUAUCGAAAGUUUGCUAGCUGCAGCUUGUCUCCUGCAACUGACUCAAGUUAUUGACGUCUGCUCCAAUUUUCUCAUAAAGCAGCUCCAUCCUUCAAACUGCUUAGGAAUUCGAUCAUUUGGAGACGCCCAGGGUUGUACAGAGCUCCUGAGUGUGGCACAUAAAUACACAAUGGAACACUUCAUCGAUGUAAUAAAGAACCAAGAAUUCCUCCUGCUUCCAGCUAAUGAAAUCUCCAAACUUCUGUGCAGUGACGAUAUUAACGUGCCUGAUGAAGAAACCAUUUUCCAUGCUCUGAUGGACUGGGUGGGGCAUGAUGUGCAGGCUAGGCAACAAGAACUAUCCAAGUUGCUUACUUACAUCAGACUGCCAUUACUUCCACCACAGUUACUGGCAGAUCUUGAAAAUAGUUCCAUACUUACUGGUGAUCUUGAAUGUCAGAAACUUCUGAUAGAAGCUAUGAAGUAUCAUCUCUUACCUGAAAGAAGACCUAUGAUGCAAAGCCCUCGGACAAAGCCUAGAAAAUCAACUGUGGGGGCACUUUAUGCUGUGGGAGGCAUGGAUGCUAUGAAAGGUACCACUACAAUAGAAAAAUAUGACCUCAGGACCAAUACCUGGUUACAUAUUGGCACCAUGAAUGGCCGUAGGCUUCAGUUUGGAGUUUCAGUUAUUGAUAAUAAGCUCUAUAUUGUGGGAGGAAGAGAUGGUUUAAAGACUUUGAAUACUGUGGAAUGUUUUAAUCCAGUUGGCAAAAUCUGGAGUGUGAUGCCUCCCAUGUCAACACAUAGGCACGGCUUAGGUGUAGCCACACUUGAAGGACCAAUGUAUGCUGUUGGUGGUCAUGAUGGAUGGAGUUAUCUAAAUACUGUAGAAAGAUGGGACCCUGAGGGACGUCAGUGGAAUUAUGUGGCUAGUAUGUCAAUUCCUAGAAGCACAGUUGCUGUUGCUGCAUUAAACAACAAGCUGUAUGCUAUUGGUGGACGUGAUGGAAGUUCCUGCCUGAAAUCAGUGGAAUACUUUGAUCCACACACUAACAAAUGGAGUCCAUGUGCUCCAAUGUCCAAAAGACGUGGAGGUGUGGGAGUUACAACAUACAAUGGAUUCUUAUAUGCUGUUGGGGGUCAUGAUGCCCCUGCUUCUAACCAUUGCUCCAGGCUUUCUGACUGUGUGGAACGGUAUGAUCCAAAACAUGAUUCAUGGUCAACUAUGGCGCCUCUGAGUGUUCCUCGAGAUGCUGUUGCUGUGUGUACUCUAGGAGACAAACUCUUUGUGGUUGGAGGAUAUGAUGGACAUUCUUAUUUGAAUACCGUUGAGUCAUACGAUGCACAGAAAGAUGAAUGGAAACAGGAAGUUCCUGUUAACAUUGGAAGAGCUGGUGCAUGUGUUGUGGUGGUGAAGCUACCAUAAAGCGAUCUCAUCAAAUGGAGGAAAACUGGAGAAUUUUAAGAAAUGAAGUAGAAACAAGAGAGGAAGAAGAAACAUAUUCUUUCUUUCAAUUAGUAAUCAAACAUGAAAAUUCUUGCAUCGUUUUAAUAUGUAGUUAUGAUUGCUCUCACUUGC